UCACAAGAGGAUGCAGUCUCAGGGGACCAUGCACACGACAGUAUUUGUGGGACUCUGGCUUCUUCUACUUAAAGGAGCUGCCUCCGAGACCCUCAAUGUGUAUGCAGCAGUGAAUGGCUCUGUAAUGCUCAAUAUACCAAAAUAUACUUACAGUGAAGGGGACCAAGUAGUAUGGACAAAAAAUAAUACCUUGAUGGUAAAAACAGGAAAGAUACCCAUAGAGGGCUGCGCAUGUGAGCUGCAAAAAAACGGAUCCUUGUACCUUAAGGACCUGACACAGACUAAAGAACCCAGUUACAGAGUGCAAAUUCACAACAAAGUGGGUAAAAAUAUUGUGCAACAGGAAAUACAAGUGACAUUGUUGGAGAGGGUGAGCUCACCAGACCUCACAUAUAAGUGCACCGAGAAAACCGAAAUUCAAUGUAAACCGACAAAAGGGGAAAAUGUUAAAAUUGAUAUUUACUGGAAUGGUAAACAACAAACUAUUGACAAACAGCACAAAGUAGUAAAAUCAGACAAAACUGGACAAGCAAAAUGCACAGCCUCAAACAAAGUGAGCACAGAAAGUAUCAGCAUUGAGGUCCACUGCUCUAAAGGAGGGCCAGUUCCAGAGGAGAUGUGCCUGGAAUGGAGAGCCCUGAUUCGGCUAGAGAUGUGGGAAGAUGCACUGGAGAAUUGGUAUGGCUGCAGAGGCAAAGUCCUGCCCUCCCCAGAACAGCGCUUCGGGGACCAGGUGAACUUGCGGCUCUGCUUACUGAGAGAUCAACUCACAGGUGAGGGGAUAGCCGAACUGAAGUGUCUGGUGCAAAGAGAGGUCGAGCUCGAGGAUCGUUACAGAGCGUUAUAUUGGUUUGCAGACAGGAGGCAGUCGAGGGCAGAAACGCACUAUUCCCCGGAAGUUGUUGACUUUGGUGGCCCUGGCUUAUUAUGGGAAGCAUUUGAGGAGAAAGUUGACUUUGGCAGUCCCGAGGAAUAUCGAUUCUGGGACAUUCAAAGCAGAAGGUUCGAUGGUCUGCUGACCAGGAUUGAGGCCGGAUUCAUAAAGGAGCGGCUUGCACUGAUCGAUGGGGAGACUGAGAUUGAUGCUGGCGGGAGACCUGGAGCAGUACAACUGAAUGCAGUAGACUUCCAAGCCGCACCCGGCCUCCCUGAGAAACAACAACUACGGAACAGUAAUAUGGGAGGUUCCGGUACAACUUGUAGCUCACUGGCCCAGCUGGACAGCGGGUUAUUGACCCCUGUUAAUAAUACCGCAGAAUGGGACAUAUUCCUGAUCCUGAGCGUUGCUGGGGGAGCUGUCGCAUUUCUCAUUUUCCUUAUUUUGCUGAUUUAUUGUCUGAAGAGAAGAUGCAGAAAGCACAACCAGACAGAUGAGGAGGAGCCAGAUGUGUGUCCAAAGAACAAAAUCCAGACACGUCAGUUACCAGAACCUCCAUGCCAGCCCAGGACACAUAGCUUGCCUAGGGGGCCUUCUGGCAUUCCAGAACAAAAACCAUCCCAGAAACUUCCUCUAGUUGACAGACAGACAUUACCUGUACCUCAACCCCAGAAAACAAGAAAACACAAGCAAAGGCCGCAGGAACAGACUGAGAACCUACCUGAACAACAGAAGAACCAAAUGAAUACACAAAAGCCCAGCCUACCCCCAAAUCACCCAACUGGGCAACCCCCAAGGCCGCAACCCCGCAGCCAGGCAAAACCACCUCGCCAUAACCGCAAAAAAAAUCAAUUAAUAGACUGAGAAGUCAGCAGUGUGUAAGGGGUCAAUCUUUAUUCAUGCGUGUACAUAGUAUUUAAGACCAAAGUAACACAAUUACAAAGUUUAAAUUAAUAAAAAUGGGAAGAAUGUUUAGUGGUAUCAAAGACUGAAAAUA